AUUUACAAAACAAACGUGUAGACGUCAUCGCCUCUACGUCGGUUGCGCUUCCGCUCGCCCCGUGACGUCACCGCGCUCGAGUGGGAGUCGAGUCUUCUCCGGAAUCGAUUGCUUUCGUUUCUGCACGAGCUCCUCGCGCGCCGUUUCCUUCUCUUCACUUCGAAUCAAAACAAACGUCGGUCGCUCGUUUCCCCCCACCGCUGAGGGAUUACUCGGUGUCUCUUGCGAUAAAGGCGGCCAGCGAAGCAAGGAAAAGAUGAGUGUGGAGGCGUACGGGCCGAGCUCGCAGACGCUCACCUUCCUGGACACGGAGGAAGCGGAGCUGCUCGGGGCCGACACGCAGGGCUCCGAGUUCGAGUUCACCGACUUCACGCUGCCCAGCCAGACCCAAACUCAGGGCCACACUCAGAGUCAACUCGACAGCCAGGUGAAUGGGCCUGAUGGUGUUCUGCCCAACGGAGACGAUGCAGUGGUGAAGACCAGCCAACUUCUAGCCGAGCUGAACUUUGAGGAGGAUGAGGAAGAUACUUACUACACUAAAGAUUUGCCGGUGCACGCCUGCAGCUACUGUGGCAUCCAUGAUCCAGCAUGUGUUGUCUAUUGCAACACCAGCAAGAAAUGGUUCUGCAACGGCCGCGGAAACACCUCUGGCAGUCAUAUUGUGAACCACUUGGUGAGGGCCAAAUGUAAGGAGGUGACGCUGCAUAAGGACGGGCCGCUGGGAGAGACGGUUCUGGAGUGCUAUAACUGCGGCUGCCGUAAUGUGUUCCUGCUCGGCUUCAUCCCGGCUAAAGCCGACUCUGUCGUGGUGCUUCUGUGCAGGCAGCCGUGUGCCAGUCAGAGCAGUCUGAAGGACAUUAAUUGGGACAGCUCUCAAUGGCAGCCCCUCAUCCAGGACCGCUGCUUCCUGUCCUGGCUGGUGAAGAUCCCGUCCGAGCAGGAGCAGCUGAGGGCACGUCAGAUCACCGCACAGCAGAUCAAUAAACUCGAGGAGCUCUGGAAGGAAAACCCAACGGCGACCCUGGAAGAUUUGGAGAAACCUGGAGUGGACGAGGAACCUCAGCACGUUCUGCUGCGAUAUGAAGAUGCCUAUCAGUACCAGAACAUCUUUGGGCCGCUGGUCAAACUAGAGGCUGACUAUGACAAGAAACUCAAAGAGUCCCAAACUCAAGACAAUAUAACAGUGAGGUGGGAUUUGGGACUGAAUAAAAAGCGGAUAGCUUAUUUCACUCUGCCCAAGACGGAUUCAGGUGACAUGCGACUGAUGCAAGGAGACGAGAUCUGUCUGCGGUAUAAAGGAGACAUGGCUCCGCUGUGGAAAGGGAUCGGACACGUCAUCAAAGUCCCGGACAAUUAUGGAGAUGAAAUCGCCAUCGAGCUGCGCAGCAGUGCUGGUGCACCUGUGGAGGUAACACAUAACUUCCAGGUGGACUUUGUCUGGAAAUCCACAUCUUUUGACCGCAUGCAGAGCGCCCUGAAGACGUUUGCUGUGGACGAGACCUCUGUGUCCGGCUACAUCUAUCACAAGCUGCUGGGUCACGAGGUGGAGGACGUUAUCAUCAAAUGCCAGCUGCCCAAACGCUUCACUGCGCAGGGCCUGCCAGAUCUUAACCACUCACAGGUUUAUGCUGUGAAGACGGUGCUGCAGCGACCCCUGAGUCUGAUCCAGGGGCCUCCAGGAACCGGAAAGACUGUCACCUCUGCCACCAUCGUCUAUCAUCUGGCCAGACAGGGCAAUGGUCCGGUUCUGGUUUGUGCUCCGAGUAACAUCGCAGUGGAUCAGCUGACAGAGAAGAUCCAUCAGACGGGGCUGAAGGUGGUUCGUCUGUGCGCUAAGAGUCGUGAGGCCAUCGAUUCCCCGGUGUCUUUCCUGGCUCUGCACAAUCAGAUCCGCAACAUGGACAGCAUGCCAGAGUUGCAGAAACUGCAGCAGCUGAAGGACGAAACUGGCGAGCUGUCGUCUUCUGAUGAGAAACGCUACCGAGCUCUCAAACGAACCGCUGAGAGAGAGCUGCUCAUGAAUGCAGAUGUGAUCUGCUGCACAUGUGUGGGUGCGGGUGACCCUCGCCUGGCUAAGAUGCAGUUUCGCUCCAUCCUCAUCGAUGAGAGCACACAGGCCACGGAGCCCGAAUGCAUGGUGCCAGUGGUGCUCGGGGCCAAACAGCUGAUUCUGGUGGGUGACCACUGUCAGCUGGGUCCUGUGGUCAUGUGCAAGAAAGCAGCUAAAGCAGGUCUGUCUCAGUCUCUGUUUGAGAGGCUGGUGGUCCUGGGCAUCAGACCCAUCCGUCUGCAGGUGCAGUACCGCAUGCACCCGGCCCUCAGCGCUUUCCCUUCAAACAUCUUCUACGAGGGCUCUCUGCAGAACGGGGUCACCGCCACCGAUCGCAUCAAGAAAGGCUUUGACUUCCAGUGGCCUCAGCCCGAUAAGCCCAUGUUUUUCUAUGUAACUCAAGGCCAGGAGGAGAUCGCAAGCUCUGGCACCUCCUAUCUCAACAGGACCGAGGCGUCUAAUGUGGAGAAGAUCACCACCCGUCUGCUGAAAGCCGGAGCCAAACCCGACCAGAUCGGCAUCAUUACACCCUACGAGGGCCAGCGCUCUUACCUGGUGCAGUACAUGCAGUUCAGCGGCUCUCUGCACACCAAACUAUACCAGGAGGUGGAGAUCGCCAGCGUGGAUGCGUUCCAGGGCAGAGAGAAGGACUUCAUCAUCCUGUCUUGUGUCAGAGCUAAUGAGCACCAGGGCAUCGGCUUCCUGAACGACCCACGGCGUCUCAAUGUGGCACUAACCAGAGCCAGAUAUGGCGUGAUCAUUGUGGGCAACCCUAAGGCUCUGUCCAAGCAGCCUCUGUGGAACCACCUGCUCAACUACUACAAGGAGCAGAAGGUUCUGGUGGAAGGACCACUCAACAACCUGAGAGAGAGCCUCAUGCAGUUCAGCAAACCACGCAAGCUGGUCAACACCAUCAACCCUGGAGCCCGUUUCAUGAGUACUGCCAUGUAUGACGCGAGAGAGGCCAUGAUUCCUGGAUCUGUGUAUGAUCGCAGCAGCACUGGGCGUCCGUCUAAUAUGUACUUCCAGACCCAUGACCAGGUGGGCAUGAUCGGGACCGGGCCGAACCCCAUGGGCUCCAUGAACAUCCCCAUCCCGUUCAAUCUGAUGAUGCCUCCCAUGCCUCCGCCUGGGUACCUGGGACAGGUGAACGGACCCGCUGCCGGUCGUGGUGCUCCUAAAGGUAAGACUGGGGGUCGUGGAGGUCGUCAGAGGAACCGUGGCACCGGUAAUCACGGCAGCGGACAGGCCAACAUGUCAAGCAGCCAGGCCAGUCAGGAUCUAGUGUCCCAGCCCUUCUCUCAGGGUCCACUGACCCAGGGCUACAUCACCAUGAGCCAGCCGUCACAGAUGAGCCAGCCUGGACUGUCCCAGCCCGAGCUCUCUCAGGAUAGCUACCUGGGUGAUGAGUUCAAAUCCCAGAUGGACGUGGCGCUUUCCCAGGAUUCCACCUACCAGGGAGAACGGGCUUAUCAACACGGAGGAGUGACGGGACUCUCACAGUACUAGAGUGUUGUUGGAACAGGAGCUAGGCCUGUGCUGUGCUUAGUUCAUCAGCAUUUUAAAUAUGGGUAAAUAUAAAAAAAGAACAAACAUGGAUGCCCGUUUACCACUGUUACAACUGAAGCACCAUGGUGUGAGAGCAACAGGAGAGAAUCAAACCAAUCACAGGAGGGAGUAAAGCUGGACAGGACGAACGAGAUCGUGUGAGUGGCGGACUACACAUCCACCAUUCGUUGAGGACGGGGAGGAGAGGGGAGACGCAGUGUUAGGAGGAGACCAAACACGAGAUCUUCGAUCCGCAGCGUGGAGGAGGCUCCUGGAGCGCAAGGGACCCUUCCCAGCAUCCUCUCUCUCUCUCUCUCUCUCUCUCUCUCUCUCGCGCCUGGCUGCCGACGUCAGCCUCAGGCCUUGCCCUGUCAACAGAGACGGAGCCAAGAUGAAGUUCUCUUAAAACUACCUGCAAAAGCCACGCUUGCUCUGUCGUCUCCACGAGCUGAGAGAGGGGGUGACGUAUUUAAAGUAAUUACAAACGCUUUCCAAGCAGCUGAUUUUCAGGAAAAUAGAGUUCCCAUUAAAGUUGACAUCUGACAUUCAGGUUCUACCACCGCGCACAUCUUUGAGAGAACGGACGCCUGCGGCCAAGAGUCUUCGUGUUUUGUUUUCGGAGCGCCUCUCGUCUCCAUCCCGAGGUGCUAGGACACUCUGAAGGACGAUUCAACUUUGAGGAACGUUUUCCGUCUGAAGUCCGUGCCGCGUCGAACGGAGGGCAUGUCACAUCUCAUCCGCUCUCUGCUAGGUGAUACGGGCUAGAAAUAGCUUUGGGAAGUUUAACAUUUCCUUUUUUUAGUAUUCAGUUCUUUGCCGAGGGACCGACGGAUCUAUCCUUUCUUAUUUUCCUCUGUUUUAAAACGUUUUUUUUUUGUCCCAAGUGCUCUAUUUCAGCUUGCGGCUUCGAAAAACGAUCCAUAACCAGCCGGGAUCUGUGGGUCAGGAAAUCAAACUCGUUCAUCUGGGUCUGUUCGAUUUGAUGUGUCAAUCAAAGCAAACUCCUCCCACUGUCCGAUCAGGUGAAACGCGAUCAUCUGAGACAAAAAUGUGUCAAUCACAGCAAGCCCCGCCCACUGCUGUUCUGUCCAAUCAGGUGAAACUUGCUCGUGUGACGCUGUUCGAUUUGAUGUGAGACGAAUGUCAAUCACAGUAAGCCCCUCCCACUGCUAUUCUGUCCAAUCAGGACGCAGUAAUAUUAUCAUUAAGCCCGAAUUGCUUUAGUUGCGCCUCAAAGAAAGCGGAAGGAGAUCGCCGCACCUAAGUAAAACACAGACAGGUGAGGUACUCGCUGUUUUUGUGUCUGACCGUGAGAGGCUCGUCUUGCACUCUUGCGUUGUGAUGAUGAUGAUGAUAAUGACGAUGUCAGUGAGAGCGAGCGGUUUUACGCCGCCAACAGGUGUGUGUGUGUUUGUGUGUUUCCAGAAUGCCCUCCUUCAUUAUUAUUUGUGUUAUUAUAGAUUGUAGUUUUGCUUUUUGCCCCCAUUCUAUUUGCUUUUCCCUCUCUUCUUAAUAGCUCGCAGUUUUAUUUGUAACGCGAAGUUCUCGUAACCUCUCUCAGUGUGGAAAUUGCUUGAGUUUAUUUGGUUUCAAUGGACCCAUUCAGAGUUUUACGGCAGCUUUUAACAUCCGUUCUGACCGAUACCAGUCGCCUCAACUUUGUACUUUUACUUUGGAGUGUUUGUACCUUUGCUGUUACUCCACACUUGAUAUUACCCACCUCUCGCAUUUUAUAGCAUUGAGCACCGAUUCGUUUUAAGUUCACAUCCUUCGCUUUCUCUUUUUUUUCCUUUGCAAACAAGACAAUCAUGAUUCGUUCAUAACCGGGGUCGCAGAAAUGUUUAUGCGACUUUCAUGUUAACCUCUCAUUUUAGUAUGAACUCCUUUCUCUGAAAUUCCUGUAUACAGUUUAGUUUUCACCUUUCAUACUUAAACUGUAAAUAUCAGUGCUUAGAUUUGACAUCAGCCAGACUGUUGACAAUGAGAUACUAACAUCCUCAACAAGGCCAAGGUGAUCCACAGCGAUGCUUUCUGGUUUUUAUCGAGUACAAAGAGGUUCUGCUGCGAAAAUUGCAUCAAAUUUGACUGAAAUGUACAAUGCAUUUAUAUGCUUUAACUUGCAAUGAAGAGGAACACUGGAAAAACAUCAGGUUAUGAAGUAUAAUUCAGGAUUUUGUUUUGUGGAAAAAGUUUUCACCCCCACAAUAUGUACUUCUUACUGUUAUGAAUAAAUGUUGCUUUCUUUCACCCAA